GAUUUCAAAGCGGAAGUGUUCAGAGUACGUGGCGAAGGAGGGUUGCUUAGUGUGUAUUUCAAAGAGCACAUCAAGUGGGUCAGUUGAAACUCUCCCAUUUAUGAUAAGGCUGUAUCCCUCCCCCCUGGUCAAGUGUAUGUUUGCUGUGUAAACCUGGGAAUAUAAAUGGGAGGGACAGGAUAGCAUCUGUAAUGCUGCGCCGGUUACGAGUGUCUCACCGGCAGGUGGUCAAUCAGAUGGCCCGGAGACCUGAUCUUCUGUGUGGAGCCAUAGCGCUGAGCUGUCUUCUUAUCCUUGCUAUCAAAUUAACCUGCAGCCGUGCAAAGCAUGUGGUUGCCCCAGCACGACCUCCUGUUCGCUUCUUUUCCCCUGACGUCCCGGUGGUGGACCUCUUCCUGGGGCAGCUGGAGCAGGUGGAGAGGCUGCGGAGCAUGGCUGAGGUCUCCCUCAUCUUUCUGUAUGCCCCUUGGUGUGCCCAUUCUAUCACUGCCAGAGAAGAGGUCCAGAAAGUUGCCAGGAGGAUGUCCAAAGAGGUGCAGUUUAUUGCUGUCAAUUGCUGGUGGCAUCAUGGUAAAUGCAGGAAACAGCAAAACCUCUAUCAGUACCCAGUUAUACAUCUGUUUUACAGAAGAUUUGGGCCAAUUGAGUACAAGGGGCCCUUCACAGCGGCCUAUCUAGAGAGGUUUAUCCACAGGGUCAUCACCCCACUCACUUACCUUCCGUCUCGAGCCACACUACAAGACUUCCUCUCCUAUCAUGAGCCUGGAGUAAUAGGGUAUUUUGAGUUCAACGCCUCGCCACAGCCUCCUGGAUAUACGGUUUUCCUCACUUCAGCUCUGCAGUCCCUGAGGAGGGAUUACCGAGGCGGUGUUAGAUUUGGAGUGGUGACCAACAAGCACGUGGCUGAGGCGAUCCCACUGCAGGAGGACGAGAUGGUCUACCUGCACCGACACUUCAACAAGUCUCUGGUUUUCCCGCGGGCCGAGCGCAACUUCACGUCUGAGAACAUCUGCGGCUGGGCGUACGAGCACAGGGAGAGCGUGCUGCGCUGGCUGCAGCCCCACGGGGCCAAGAGCCGGCUGAUGGAGCAGGAGCUGCGCAAGGGCGCCGCGCUGCUCCUCUUUCUGCCCUUUGACCCCCUGGCCCCAAGUCAGCCCCUCCUCCAGCAGAUAGCAGAUAUUGCGCUGCAGUACCACACCUGCAAUGACAGCGAGUGGUGGGAGAGCGGAGAACACCAGAGUUCCUGGGACGGCCUGUGGCAGACGAGCGGACGGCUGCCCUUCCCCAGCGCCCUCUGCUGCAACACGGUGGUCCUCCCCCGCCUGGACUCCCUCUCGCGCACGCACAACGUGUGCGAGCUCUGCCUCGACCGGUCCGCCGGAGCGGAGCCCGGCGCCGCCCAGUCCCCGAGCUGCACCUUCCACCAGAUGGAGGCCGCCCUGGACUCCUUCUACCUCAGACAGAGCUCCUUCGCCCGCCUGCUGGCCCCGAGCAUGGCCUGCAGCCACGUAGUCAACUCCUACAGUCCCCUCAGUCGCUUCAGCGCCUGCUGCAAGACCCUUGCUCCCAGGAUGACCUCCUACCCCCCACGCUCACAAGAGCCUCCUCCUCAGGCCUCAGGCACCCAGGCUGCCAAUAUCACAGGGCUGAAGUGCAGGACUAAUAAGACCUUGAGGUUUUACGUGCUGGACUCCCACCUGCACUGGACAUUUGCAGUGAGGCUGGGGGCGCUAGACCACGUCCGCCAUAACGUGUUUGCUACUAUAGUGGAUCUGCCAGAUGAAGUGCACUACAUUCUUGACCACAGGGAAAGUCUCAAAGAUACUCUGGAACAUUUCAUCUGGAACUACAGCAUUCCUUACAGUCCUCUGAAGAGGCACCUGGUAGGUGCUUCCGUGCCAAAGUCCCCGGACUCCUUAAUCAGAGAAGUGACGACGGCCUCGUUCCUCAGCACAGUCAUGGACCCUGAGAAGGAUGUCUUGCUCUUCUACUACACGCACUGGUGUGGGUUUUGCACAGUCCUCAACCAUAUUAUCAUCCAGAUCGCUAGGCUUUUCCAGGGGAAUAGCAAAGUCACCGUUGCCAGGGUUAAUGCUGCCCAGAACGACCUUCCAUGGGAAUUCAUGGUUGACCACUUCCCCACCCUUCUCUUUUUCCCCAGGGACAGGAAGCACCUGAGCGUGAAGUUCCCGGAGGACCUACCCGUCACCCUGCCGAACCUGGUGCGCUUCGUCCUGCGCCACUCUGGCCUCCUGCAUCGGGACGGGACGCGGGCGGGGCUCGUGGAGGCGGAGCUGCGGCGGCUGCAGGCGGACGUGCGCCUGCUCCAGGGCGCGCGGGAGCAGCUGUCGGAGCAGCUGGCCCAGCUGCGGCAGGAGAAGCUCCGGCUCUCCCUCCAAACGCUGGCGCUGGAGUCGCACAACGCCGAGCUGCAGCGGCAGGGCCGGCGCCUGGAGGCGCUCUACCAGGAGAAGAGCCAGCAGCUGACGGACGCGGUCGGCAAGCUGCGGGCCCUGGCCGACGCCUCCGAGAGCCUGCUUGCCGAGAACGCGCUGCUCAAAAUCCUGCUGGCCUCCGUUAAGGAGAAGGCCCACCCGGAGCCCGGCGCGGAGCGGGACUUCACUGGGGAGGGGGCUGAGCAGGACCUGAGGACCCACGGCCACUCCUGAAGGCCACCGGGACACACACUGACUUUUUAAAUGACGGGCCUUUUGACGCCCAAGAUGUACAUUUAGAAAAUGUCUGUCUGAGUUGCUUCCUUCCAAGAAGCUUUUGAAUGUUUUUUUGUUUUUUUGUUAAAUUAAUCUAUUUUUACAAAUUCUUCAGAAAUCACUAAGCAUAUGUUCUUAUGUGAGUAUUCAGGUAUGAAGAACAAAAAGAUGCUGCAUUGUUUACAAAAAUAAUAUUGCACAGAUUUUUACAGAUUAAACUGUUUAAUUUAAUUUA